CCUCCUUCCAAGAACCUAGCAGCUAGCCCCCGUCAUUGUCGUUCCCAGCGCGACGCCGCGUCGAUCGAUCGCAUCAAACCAAUAAGUCGAUCGAUCGAUCGCGCGCCACCUCUACCUGCACAGAUGGCGUCCCCCUCUCCGGUGCUCGCCUGUUUCGCCGUCGCCGCACUGUGCCUCGCCGUCGCGCCAGCGUCGUGCGCGCGCGCGCCCACCGCCCUGGCGCCGGCUUCGGCGGCCAGCAUCGCGCAGGUGUGCAGGAGCACCGGCGAGGAGCAGAAGCUCUGCGUGGAGGCGCUGUCGUCGCUGGCGCUGACGGCGAGGGCGGCGGCGGACACGCGCGCGCUGGCGCGCGCCGUGGUGCUGCUGGCGAGGCAGAACGCGACGGCGACGGCGGCGUACGUGUCCCAGCUGUACGGGCCAAGCGCCGCCCCGGACACCAAGCCGUUCGACACGGAGCGGUGCGCGGGCGACUGCGGGGGCCGGUACGCCAGGGCGGUGGCCUACCUCGGCGACGCCGUCGCGGCGCUCGACGCCGGCAGGUUCGACGCCGCCGCGCUGCAGAUCGGCGCCGGGCAAUCGGAGGUGGAGCUGUGCAAGAGCGGGUGCGAGCGCGUGCAGCUGCCGGAGCUGCUCGCCGCGCGCAACAGCGCCGUCGACCGCCUCUGCAACGUCGCUACGGACAUCACCAGGGUGCUCCAGCUUAAGCAGCACUGAUCGCAUCGAUCCGCGGCUACCGUCCUGAAGCCCUCGCAUUGGCUACGCUGCUAUCUACUCCGUAUUUGUAUUUUGAUGGCCUGAUUCAAUCGCACUGCAUUUGGCAAUGUAAAUCAGCGUGUUAUUAUUAUUAAUUCAAGUGCCAAAGCUGAGAUGUUUCUGUCAA